GAACAAUGGACUCGAUAAUCGAGAUACAGCGUCAAACGCACGAGGAAAUCGAGCACCUUGAGAAGACGCUCUAUAACAUCCUUGCCAGGCCACAACCAACGCAUGAGUCUCGGCUUCAGGUAGAGCACAAGGCAUCCCAAAUACUCGACCGCAUCACCGCCCGUGGCACCACUUUGCACAACGUUUACGAGGACCAGGAUUCCCGUAAAGUCGAGAUUGACUCGCUCUCUGGAUCUGGUAAUGCGGAUGACCUGUCCGCUUUCUAUGACCGCCUGAAAAAGGUCCAGGAGCACUACGUCAAGUACCCGGACGCGGUGCCAAGUGGCUUCGAGCUUGAGCUCGCAGCGUUCCGAGACGAGCCGGAGGAGGAACAGGAUGCCGAUUCUGCGGAAGAAGAUCCCAUUUCCCUACUAUUCUCAGGCGAAGAGUCGUAUGGCAAAUUCCUCGACCUGUACGAUAACCAUACCGCAUACAACAACAUCAAGGGUAUUGGAAAAAGAAUAGCGUAUCUCCAGUACCUGGAUGUUCUCAUGGCCGUACAAGAGAGGCCAUUGCAUGACGAAAUCUCUCCAGAGGUCAGAGCGGGAAAGGACUAUGAGCACUAUAUCAAAGACCUUCACAGCUACCUGCUCAGUUUCACCAAACGGACAAGGCCACUCGUAGACGUCGAGGGCCAGCAAUCCGCGUCGGCGUUGGAGUUCGAUGAGAAAUGGGUGGCCGAAGAUAUUAGUGGCUGGAAAGACCAGGCCAAAGCUGCCGUCGAUAACGGUGGUGAAGGCAUCUGGUGUGCUGCUUGCCAGAAGGUGUAUUCAAAACAAACUGUUUACGACGCCCACCUCACUUCAAAAAAGCAUGUCAAGGCAACGACGAAGCAGGCUACAUCUGAACCCCCGCCGUCGAACCCCAACGGACCGGCAUCCCUUACCGCAAAUGGAAAUGGGCACGUUGCGCCAGGGAAAACCAGGCUUCGGUCAAUAGCUCUGCUGACGCACCUCUGUGGCUCCAUGAUCAAAGAGCUCUUAUUAACAUUCAAUGACACGAAGUCAAACGUAGAGCGCAAGUUCUCUCUCACAGCUCGUGAACGUGAGCAGGAGUUACUUGAACAGGCGAAGUCCGCUCCGGCGCCUACCAAAAAGGGUGACACAAACCCGGAAGGAGAGGAGGAAGAAGAAGAAGAAGAGCGCAUAUACAAUCCGUUGAAGCUCCCUCUGGGUUGGGACGGCAAGCCUAUACCUUACUGGUUAUAUAAGCUGCAUGGCCUCGGUGUUGAGUACCGCUGCGAGAUCUGCUCUGAUCAUGUUUACAUGGGGAGGAAAAACUUCGAGCGCCACUUCCAGGAGUCACGCCAUGCGUUUGGUAUGAGAGCUCUUGGUUUGCCGAAUACCAAACAUUUCCAUGAGAUCACUCGGAUCGAGGACGCGUUAGCUUUGGCGGAAAGACUGAAACGAGAGGGUCGAAACGAGAUAUUUGAGCAAGAAACCAUGGAAGAGUUGGAGGACGACGAUGGAAAUGUCUACAACCGCAAGACUUACGAGGAUUUGAAGAAACAGGGAUUGAUAUAAUCAUCGUAAGGACUCU